AUAGUCCAGCACCAACAAGUCCAAACACCAAAGCCAGCUCCAGCUGAAAAGCAUCAUCCCCUUCCUCCUCCCCAAUCCCCAAUCCCCUUCCGCUCCCACCCACAACCCUAGCUCCCCCGAAUCCAUGGACCCAACCAAAUCCAGCACCCCACCGCCGGCCCCCGUCCUGGGCGCGCCCGUCGGCUACCCGCCGGGUGCGUACCCUCCUCCGCCGGGCGCCCCCGCGGCCGCCUACCCGCCGCAGCUCUACGCGCCGCCGGGCGCCGCCGCCGCCCAGCAGGCGGCGGCGCAGCAGCAGCAGCAGCAGCUGCAGGUGUUCUGGGCGGAGCAGUACCGCGAGAUCGAGGCCACCACCGACUUCAAGAACCACAACCUCCCGCUGGCCCGGAUCAAGAAGAUCAUGAAGGCCGACGAGGACGUGCGCAUGAUCGCCGCCGAGGCCCCCGUCGUCUUCGCCCGCGCCUGCGAGAUGUUCAUCCUCGAGCUCACCCACCGCGGCUGGGCGCACGCCGAGGAGAACAAGCGCCGCACGCUCCAGAAGUCCGACAUUGCGGCCGCCAUCGCGCGCACCGAGGUCUUCGACUUCCUCGUGGACAUCGUGCCCCGGGACGACGCCAAGGACGCCGAGGCGGCCGCCGCCGCGGCCAUGGCCACGGCGGCGGCCGGGAUCCCGCGCCCUGCCGCCGGCGUGCCCGCCACCGACCCGAGUAUGGCAUACUACUAUGUCCCUCAGCAGUAAUGUAUCAUUGCUCUAAACUUGCGCAUUUCUAAGCGGAGAAUGUGUUGUUGUUCUGUGACUGUCCCUUGAUGCUAUUGUUGCUGCGGCGUAAUAAGAUUUAUGGGCCUCCCCUGAGCUUAUGAAUUGAGCUGUUCGGAUCUAGUAUGUAUUAUGGUAGGAUUGUUGUAAUAGGGGAGGCCGUACGAUUGCUUCAGUAGUGCAUGACUAACUGGCCACCCAGUGUAAUCUGAUGACUAUUAUCCGGUGCCUCCCAUGGUUACUAUGUAUUUAUGUUCUUUGUUUUCGCCGUGCAUUA